AUCUCAGCAAGAAUUUUUAUCUCACUUUUUUUUCUUUUAUUUUUUCUUUUACUUUCUCAAAACAAUGCCAAGCAAAGCCCUUUUAGAGUACAUUUUCCGCGGAACUGACUGCACUUUCAUAUUUCCCGAAAACGACAACAAAUGCAAGGAAAUUCACGCGAAUCGAUAUGUCAUCGACUGUGUCUCGAAUUUGUUGAAAUCCAAGUUUGAGACUUACAAACGAAGCACUUUGAUCAUCCAAGAUGUGAAAUAUUCAGCUUUUAAAAUGGUUUUAGAACAUGUUUACACUGGUUACUUUCCUGAAACCAUUUCGCAGGAAGAAUUGUUCGAACUGUAUGACGCUGCAUCAAAAUACGAGUUCAAAGAGACUCUAAACUGCGUGAUUCGUCGCAUAAUCAGGGAAUGCAAACUCGAAAAACUCGACGAACUUUUAGCUUAUUUGAAUUUCGCCUUGAAAAAUUACAUCAUUGAAAUUCAAAAUUACUUGCAAGAACUUAUCGAGUCAGAUGCUGAUCUUCUUUUCAUGUCUGAUAAUUUCCUAAAGGCUCAUCCGCGUGUUCUCAACUGGAUUUUCUCUCUCAACGACUUGAACACGAACGAAUGGACUCUCAUCGACAUCAUCGAACGUUACAAAGAAUAUCAUCUCGCUGCUGGUCGUCACGGGAUCUCGUCGCAAAUCCAACCAGCGAUCAACAACAUUCGUUUUCUCUCGAUGAGUGUAGCGCAAAUCCACAAAACGCCAUUCUUGUCUGUUGAAGAGAAGAAAUCCUUGAUUCAAGUCAUCAACCAGGAAGCGAGCGACAAGUGUCUCCCGAUGUACUUUAGUCGACGUCGCAUUGGGCGUUGUUACAAGUCGAUAAUUGUCACGUGCCAAGAUGCUCGUUUGAAGCGAUUGUAUGAUGAAAAUAAGAUCAAAAUGUGUACGUUUAAGGAGAAAAAAUAUUUUGCGGAUGGCGAUGGAAAAAUUGUGGCUUCGAUUGAGAAUUCAGGCUUGAUUGUUCCAUUUGCUUUUCAGGAGUUUACUCCAAUUAAGACGGAAAUUAAGGCAGAAAGAGCUAAAAGAGCAUGUACUGGAAUUCAGCAAAAUGUCCUUUAUUACAGAGAAAAUAAGCAAAUAAUGGUGAACAAGAAAUACGAUCAUAGCGAAAAAGACAAAAAUGAGGAUGAAACAAUGAUUUCUUUUCAAAAAAUGUCCUUAAAAAAGUGAAAAAAAUUUUUUUAGAAGCAUGAAGGUAGAUUUUUGAAAAAAAUUGUCAAAAAUGAGAAUUUUUGAAUCAUUUUUGAUAAGAUAUUUUUUUAAUAAAGAAAUCAAUUAUUGUACUAUUUUUAAUUAAAUAAAGUUUCUUGAAAUGUUAACAUAAUAAAAAAUCAAAAAAAAUUA